UAUAGAUCACUGGAGCGCAAUGAAGUAGCCUCUGGAGAGGAGGGAGGGGGCCCGUCCGACAGCCACAGCGGCCAGCGCAGCGGCACCACCGUCACCGCUCGCACCCCAGCCGCCCGGCCCGCGAGGAGGCAGCGGCGGCCGCGGGCGGGAGCGGAGGCGGCGGCGGAGAGGCGGCGAGGAGCAGCAGGAGGAGCAGGAGCGCGCCGCCGGCGGGGCCACGCACCUCGGCACUUCCAGAGCAACUCCGGCGCCUUCCACAGCCCUGCCCGGGGCUGGGGGCUCCGGGAGCGGCCGCGAAGCCAGCCCGACCCUCCUCCCGAUCCUGCCCAGCCCUGCGCCUCCCGGGCUCCGCUCCGCGCGGCGGGGUCCCCGCUCCUGCGCCCCGGGCGCGCCUCUCGGGCACCCCGGUCCCCGCAGCCAGGACAAAGCCAUGAAGCCGGCGCUGCUGGAAGUGAUGAGGAUGAACAGAAUUUGCCGGAUGGUGCUGGCCACUUGCUUGGGAUCCUUUAUCCUGGUCAUCUUCUAUUUCCAAAGUAUGUUGCACCCAGUCAUGCGGAGGAACCCCUUUGGCGUGGACAUCUGCUGCCGGAAGGGGUCUCGAAGCCCCCUGCAGGAACUCUACAACCCGACCCAGCUGGAGCUCUCGAACGCCGCCGUCCUGCACCAGAUGAGGCGGGACCAGGUCACAGACACGUGCCGCACUAACAGCGCCGUGAGCCGCAAGAGGCGCGUGUUGACCCCCAACGACCUGAAGCACCUGGUGGUGGACGAGGACCACGAGCUCAUCUAUUGCUACGUGCCCAAGGUGGCGUGCACCAACUGGAAGCGGCUCAUGAUGGUCCUGACGGGGCGGGGCAAGUACAGCGACCCCAUGGAGAUCCCGGCCAACGAGGCGCACGUCUCGGCCAACCUGAAGACCCUGAACCAGUACAGCAUCCCAGAGAUCAACCACCGCUUGAAAAGCUACAUGAAGUUCCUGUUCGUCCGGGAGCCCUUCGAGAGGCUGGUGUCCGCCUACCGCAACAAGUUCACGCAGAAGUACAACACCUCCUUCCACAAGCGCUAUGGCACCAAGAUCAUCAAGCGCCAGCGGAAGAACGCCACCCAGGAGGCCCUGCGCAAAGGCGACGACGUCAAGUUCGAGGAGUUUGUGGCCUAUCUCAUCGACCCGCACACCCAGCGCGAGGAGCCCUUCAACGAACACUGGCAAACCGUCUACUCCCUCUGCCACCCGUGCCACAUCCAUUACGACCUCGUGGGCAAGUACGAGACGCUGGAGGAGGACUCUAAUUACGUCCUGCAGCUGGCAGGCGUGGGCAGCUACCUGAAGUUCCCCACCUAUGCCAAGUCUACGAGAACUACUGAUGAAAUGACCACAGAGUUCUUCCAGAACAUCAGCUCAGAGCACCAAACGCAGCUGUACGACGUCUACAAACUCGAUUUUUUAAUGUUCAAUUACUCAGUGCCAAGCUACCUGAAAUUGGAAUAAAGGGUGUGGGAGGGGGAGAGAAUCAUGCUUUUUAAUUUAAGAUUUUUAUUUGUCAAAAGAAUUAUAUGGAUAUUGGGUUAUUUUGUAAAUUAAUAUUUCUUUGGGGAUGAUGCUGCGAGCAGCAUAGUGAGAAUUAUUUAAAAUCCUUAGUAGGGAAGGAUGGCUGUCUUUGCAGGGGAAUAGGAUGGGUGUCCUUGUUUUUAGAUAUGAAUACUGCAACACUGUCUCAAAGGUUUCCUUGUGUUCUGGUGAAUUCCAUGAAUUGUGCAUCCCGUAAAUUCUAAUUAAUGUUAUUUAUAGUUAUUUAAACAUGGUCUCUGUAUAGAUUUCUUUUUGUGGCAGCAAGAUUCUUGUGUCUUUGCAGAAGAAAUCUGUGUUUUGUUCUGUGCUUGCUACAGCUCAUUGUGAGGCAUGAAUGUUCUCUUUACUAACCGCUCAUAGAGUCACUGCGUGAUAACCACCACAUGAUGGCUGUUGAUGCCACCAUGCUUAAAAUGCUCUAGAAAUAAAUAGAAAGAGGCACCUUGGCAAGGGGCUAAUUCCAAACCAAUUUCAAUCAACUCAAAAGUCCCUUGCACUAAAGAAAUGUGAUUUUCUUUUUAAACCCAAGGAGAGAGCUGAUGGUAGCGUUUUUUUUUUUUUCCCCACAAGAAUUAGUAGUCUGAUAGAAUAGGCUUUUCUACAGAAAUUUCUAACUGGCAGUGCCAGUUGUCAUGAAGGUGAAGUGGCUGUUGCUUUAUAUCCAACACUAUUUAUUGAGCAACUACUAUGUGCUGGGCCUAAUUCUAGGCCCUGCAAAUAGAGCAUUGAACAAAACCAAUAGUCUCGACCCUCAAGAAGCUUUACAUGGACACACAGUAUCCAGCUCGACAAUUAGCAAACCCCUGAUACUCAUGGACUUAGCAUAAGGUUUGGACUGUUCGUGAACAACCCCAGAAGGUCCAUGACUCCUACAAAUUUGCAUGUUUCUGUAGCCCAAAUUUGUAAACCACAUGCUUGGAGCAGGCCACUUACCUUGGUCAGUAAUCCAAGCUCAUUGCCCAAGACGAGAGAUGACAAAAAUGUUUCCUAUCACGUGCCCACUCCAAUUUAUUGAUCAUGUCUGCCUUUAAGACCCAGAACAGAUUUGCCAGGCACUGCGUGAAGAGUGCUGUGAUUGAUUAGUGUGUCUGCCUUGAGUGAGGGAAGGGGAACAUGGGCCACGUUUUCCCAGUGCCUCCUCCUGUCAUCUCCAGCCCUGCAUCCACGUCUCCGUGUAGACGUGUUGUUUUUACUCCUUGCCAUGUAAAAGAGUGAAAUGCUGUGGCAGGACUCCUCCAUCUGGGGAUUUGGCGUUUCUGCCCCUCAUGAAGGUCAGAGGUGGACUGUAUACACGUAUGCACGUGCAUACCCCUCCCGAGUCCUCCAGAGGCUAAGAGACCAUCAGCAUCUUUGCAGCCACCACGCAUGAGCAGCAAGGACAGCCUCCCGUGAUCAUAAUCCACGCCCCCUCUCCUCCGGAAGGCUAGAAACGUUCCAUUUUCUGUUGCUUGCUAAUUACCAUCUGCACACGCUUCUCAUGUCCAGCCGUUUCCGAUGCCUCGGUUGAAGUUUGAGCCACAUCCCUCUUACAGCUAGUGAGUGAAUUGGUAGGAGAUACUGUAUAUAAUAAUAAUAAUAGUUCUAAUAAUAGGGGUGGGGUGGGAUGGGAUGUGGUUAAGUUCUUUCUUGUUUUGUUUUUGAUGCAGUAUAUAGCAAAGGGGUGAGAAGAAUAUUCUAAGCAACAAAAAAAUGAAUAAUUUAUUCACAGAAACUAUUAAAAUUGUGUUGUAAAACUCCCAGCCAGCUCCGCAAGCAGCAGCUGCCACCCCUCACUGAGGAAAUGAUUUUAUUGAAUGUGGGUGAAGUGUGCGCUGGAGAGGGUGGCCGAAGCUGUUUAUAAAGCGUUCUGUCCCUUCUUCCAAGCUCUCUCCCCUUUGUGAAUGGCAUGGCAACUCUACCCUUGAUGGAUAGAGAUUUAUGCAACGUGUUUUACCGAGUAGAAUGGCAGACCUUAGCUGUCCCCGGAAUUGGGAGUCUGGACCCUAUUUCCGGGCAGGGGCCACUGUCCUCAGAAAUGGGGCUUCUGCUAAUGAAACAGGUUGUCCAGCAUUCCCUGAUAUGUGCUCCACAGAACACAGUUUCUAGGGGACCCCAAGUCGGUGUGAUGCAAAAUAAGGGUUUUGUGGUCAGAUAUCCUUGGCAAACAAAGUUAAAUCAGUUUCCUUUCUGCAGGACUUUUCAGAGCCUUGAAUGCAUGCUGUGCAUUGUGAAUCCCCAAGAGCAUCAUUGAGUCAAUAGCAUUUCGCGAACUACAUGAGCAGGAUACUCUAUUUUGCACAUCAUCUCAUAGAGCUAGAGUUCAGCAGUCUACUCGGAUUAGGUUGAUUUGGCACAUCUGAGGUCUUCAAGAAUAAAAACUGCCGCCCCAACCCGCCUCCAAAAAACAAAACAAUAAAACAGCACCACAGUCUCCAUCUGGUUUAUAGCAACAGAGGUACUUUAUCAAAUAAAUUGAACUUUUGCUUAAGUGCAGUGAGUCUAAUCCUGGAUACCAGCAUGGGCAGCGGUUCCAUCCCUCCCAAAGGGAGUGGAGGAAAGCCUCGGGUGGUGUGGACAGAAAGAACGGGGGAAGGGAGGGCACAAGGCCACAGAGUGGUCUCCCCAAUUGCUCCAUGUGAGCAGAGUGAGCUCAGCCCUUGGUGAGCGCUUCUCCAGUUCCAUAGUCUGGAAUUGUUCACUCGGUGCUUUUUUGGUUUUAAAUGGAAAUUCACAUAGAUGUCCCGAGUUCUGCGUUUCCGUGUCCAUCUUUGAUCAUUUGUGCGAGCGAGCUCGGUGCCGUGUGCAGAUCGCCUUCCCUCUGCCGUCUUCUCUCUCUCAAGUGAGAAGAAUUGUCCUUCAGGGGACAACAUGUCACUCCAGUUCUGCAAUGAGGGGCUCUUUCUGCUCGUGUUUUGGUUUGUGUUCACAUUUUAUUUUCUAACGGCAUAAAAACUUUUUUAAGAAUAAUUGAUUCAACUGUUUUGCAGAAUGUAGAAAGUAUUGUGUGUCCUUGGUUUAAAAGAAUUCAUGGGUGAAAAUGUGCCUGGAAAACAAAAGUUUGUUAAAGAAAACUGAAAACGCUUUCAUUGCAUGCUUAGCUGGAGAAAAGCAAAGGCAGGUGUCCCAUCUCCCAGCCGCUUUUCAAAGGUGCUGCUGUGUUUUCAAAACCAGGUACAGUCAGGGUAGUAUUUACAAGGACAUUCCUGCUUAACCUAUCCCAUUGGUAGGAAAACUAGAAUUUUAGCCACAGGAUUUGAAUUCCUGCAGCUUCUCCAGAACCCCCUCUCUGCCCUCCCAGCUGGUCUGGGAAGAAGGGCAGUGUGCUGGCCUACGGUGUCUCAGAGGGGACCUUCCUUCCUACCUGUCCACCACGUGAGCUGCACCCUCUUGCGUGUACAGGAUCUGGAUGCUACAGGAGGGCAGUGGGCAGUGGAAACUUCACUUGGACCAGUCCUCCUGGUGGCAAAGGUGUGGAAGCAUGGGGGUCUAAUCCCUGCUGGUAGAAAGUUCCCAGAACAAAAGCAAGUCCCUAGCACACUUAGCUGGUGGGCUCUGGACCAGUGCUAAGGUAGGGAUUGCAAAAGUCCCUGUUGUAACUUGGCAAGAAGCCAGGUUCGCACACUCUGUUCAGCUGUGGGUGGUGCUCAGAGCACCUCUCAGCCGCAUCCUGCCCUGCACACACAAUCUAAUCUGCCCCACUCUGUGCAGUCCUGGUGACCAGAAGCCCUUCCUUGCCCACCCUUAUGUCAGCAGGACUGACCUCAUCACUCCCCCGAGCUCCCACAACCAGCAUUUCCUCCUGCCUUUUCCCAUCACAAGCAACUGCACCCCAUGAACAGGCAACAGACCUUCUACAAACAGCUUGACUCUUGGCCAUUAACAGGAGAAUUUCAUUCUUUGUCAGGUACAGAAGGGGCUGCCCGUACUAUUUUCUUAUGAGCAUGCUCAGUAUGGCCUAUGGACAUAAAUUAUAAUUUAACAUCUUGGUGGAGUGUGAUUUUUUUUAACAUAUUUGUAUGCAGUAGAGGGCUUGUCGAAAACUCUCCCUGUAUCUUACUGUACUGUUCAAGAAAGCUGAAUUCCACAUUGCCAACAAAAGCGUGAAAUGUUCAUGAACAUUCUUCCAGGAAAAGCCAUUCAAGCCUGAUUAUUUUUCUAAGUAACUUCAAUUAAAUUGAAGAAAAAAAGGAAGCUUCUCUCUGUGUAUGGUUUGUUCAUGGCUCAUUGACAAAAGACUGUAGGGGUGG